AUGCCCAGUGAUAAGACCAUCGGAGGCGGUGAUGACUCGUUCACAACGUUCUUCAGCGAGACUGGAGCUGGAAAACAUGUACCUCGAGCGGUUUUUCUUGAUUUAGAACCAACUGUUGUUGACGAAGUUCGAACUGGGACAUAUCGUCAAUUGUUCCAUCCUGAACAAUUAAUUACCGGGAAAGAGGAUGCCGCGAAUAAUUAUGCUCGUGGACAUUAUACAAUCGGUAAAGAAAUAGUUGAUUUGGUGCUUGAUCGUGUGCGAAAAUUGGCCGAUCAAUGUACCGGACUUCAGGGUUUUCUCAUUUUUCAUUCAUUCGGUGGUGGUACCGGGUCCGGAUUUACUUCUCUGCUUAUGGAACGACUCAGUGUGGACUAUGGGAAAAAAUCGAAACUGGAAUUCUCGGUCUAUCCAGCUCCGCAAAUUUCCACCGCAGUGGUGGAACCAUAUAACUCCAUUCUGACCACACAUACCACAUUGGAACACUCGGACGCGGCGUUCAUGGUAGACAAUGAAGCGAUCUACGAUAUUUGUCGACGGAAUCUGGACAUUGAACGACCGACCUACACCAAUUUGAAUCGAUUAAUUGGUCAGAUUGUCAGCUCAAUCACUGCCUCACUGCGUUUCGACGGUGCCCUCAAUGUGGACAUAACAGAGUUUCAAACAAAUCUGGUCCCUUAUCCGCGAAUACACUUUCCCCUGGCCACAUUUGCACCCACCAUUUCCGCGGAGAAAGCAUAUCACGAACAGUUGACCGUGGCCGAGAUCACGAACGCGUGUUUUGAACCGGCAAAUCAAAUGGUCAAAUGUGAUCCACGUCACGGAAAAUAUAUGGCCUGUUGUAUGCUCUAUCGGGGUGAUGUCGUCCCCAAAGAUGUGAACGCGGCAAUUGCUACGAUUAAGACAAAACGUACCAUUCAGUUUGUGGAUUGGUGUCCAACCGGCUUCAAAGUUGGUAUCAACUAUCAACCACCAACUGUUGUCCCGGGUGGUGAUCUAGCCAAAGUUCAACGUGCAGUAUGCAUGCUCAGUAAUACGACCGCGAUUGCUGAGGCCUGGGCACGAUUGGAUCACAAAUUUGAUCUCAUGUAUUCGAAACGGGCAUUUGUACAUUGGUACGUCGGUGAGGGUAUGGAAGAAGGCGAGUUUUCCGAGGCCCGAGAAGAUUUGGCGGCACUGGAGAAGGACUAUGAAGAAGUCGGCGCGGACAGUGUGGAGGCAGAAGGUGAAGAAUUGGGUGAGGAAUACUAG